AUGGGACCUAAAAAAAGUGGAGUGUCAAAAACUGUGCUCACCAUAAAAAACAAGCAAGACAUUAUAACUAAAGUAGUGAGUGGACAAAAAAUGACUGAUGUUGCUAGGCAGUACGGCUUUAACAGGUUUACAAUAGGCACAAUCCUAGCUAAGAAAGAUAUCAUCAAGAAGACUCAAGCCGCUAAAGGAGAAACAAAAAUUACAUCUGAGAAGCAAAGAAGUGCCAUCCAUGAAAAAAUGGAGAGUUCGUCAUCCGAAAAUCUAGAAUUCAAAGCUACCACUGGCUGGUUUGCAAAGUUUAAAAGGAGUUCUGGCAUUAAACAUGUGGUCAUUCAUGGUAAGUCUGCUAGUGCAGAUAAAGAAGAAGCUGAGAGGUUCCGUCUCAAAUUUCAAGAAUUCAUUGAAAAAGAAGGGUAUUGUCCACAACAAAUAUUUAAUUGUGAUGAAACUGGUUUGUUUUGGAAGCGCAUGUCGAACCGUACCUACAUCACGAAAGAUGAGAAAAGUGUUCCUGGACAUAAACUCAUGAAAGACCGAUUGACGUUACUUUUGGGAGCUAACGCCAGUGGUGAUAUGAAGCUUAUACCACUUCUCUUUUAUCACUCUGAGAAUCCUAGAGCAUUAAAAAAAAUUCCAUAA